AAAAACUAUAAUAAAUUAUGCAAAAUUGACUACAAAAAUCAAGUUCAAAAAUCAUCUAAUUUUGAUUACAAAUAUCCAGCAUCUAAAUCUUCUGAAACAUCAAACAACAUAUUGCCUGCCUUACAAAACACAUAAAAAAGAUUGCAACAACUUAUCACAGCAGACGGUACCCAAAUAUAGAAAAGAACUACAAACACAUUUGAAAGUUACGAAACAUUAAAAUUAAAUUGUAUGAAAAAAAUGAAAAAGAAGAAACUCAGUUGCAUGUCCAACAAUAGAGAAUAUAAAUUAAAAUCAAUUAAUUAAAGUCCAAAACUUGUGUGCAUAAGACGAAUAAUAUAAAAAUCAAUUUUAACUAUAAAUAGGAGUAAAUAUUUACUAUUGCAAUAGAAAAGAAACAAAAAAGAAAAAUGCCACGUCCAUCGCGUGAACAAUGCGAGCAGAAACCUCCCUAUUCAUAUAUAAGUCUCACAGCGAUGGCCAUUUGGAGUAGUCCGGAAAAAAUGUUACCACUUAGUGAUAUUUAUAAAUUCAUAACGGAUCGAUUUGCUUACUAUCGAAAGAACACGCAACGAUGGCAGAAUUCACUUCGUCAUAAUUUAAGUUUCAAUGAUUGCUUCAUUAAAGUCCCGAGACGACCCGAUCGACCGGGUAAGGGAGCAUAUUGGACAUUGCAUCCGCAAGCAUUUGAUAUGUUUGAGAAUGGAAGUCUGUUAAGGAGGAGACGAAGAUUUAAAUUGAAGAAGAACGAUAAGGAUUUACUGAAUGAGGAGUUGGCAGCUCUUGCCAACAUUAAUCGAUUUUUCCUUGCUCAACAACAAGGCAUUCCAAUUAAUGAGACUAGUUAUUAUCAACCACUUCCGCCAACAACAGAUUUACCGACAAUACCUCAACAUACAUCACCGUUAGUCAAUUCACCGUUGAUGAUUAGCCCAAAAUCACCAACGCCAUCGCCAAAAAGUCGAAUAAGUAGCAAAAAGCAUGACAAACAGAAAAAGAUAUUCACAAUAGAGAGUCUAUUGAGAAAGUCAGAUAAUAAUCAUACAAUAAAUGAUGACAGCAUUGAUGUUGUUGACGAUAACGAAAUUACAAUGUUAACACCCAAUUCAACCUCAUCGCCAUUGUCACAGACAUCGACUACACUGCUGCCAAUAAUGAUGAAACCCACAUUGCCUCCGGCAUCAAGUCUACCAGGUGCAAUUCCCUUCCUACAAUAUCCGCAUGCGACAGCUGCCCUUCAACAAAUCGGAUAUGACCUACCCAUUCAUCCAUUAUUAAUGAUGAAUCCUCUAUUACCGUAUCAUGGCUAUUAUCAUCCAUCAACAAAUCCACAUCAAUUGCAGAAUAAUUUGCGAUUGGCUUAAAGGAAAUUGUAAGAAAAACUUUAAAAUUGCAUUGUAUAGAAUUGACGUUGUGUCCUCAAGGCUGUUAAAAA